AUGUCUGCAGAGUUCAACAAGGACCUCCUACAAUUUAAUUCCCUGUCUCCUCAAAAUACAUUUAUGACUCCGCCGUUGAACACCAAGCCUGAUCUUCAUUAUUAUCCUGUUCCCAAAACCGAGGAUAUGUAUCCAUCAGUUGCCAGCGACGCGUCACCCAUAACGUCCCUCCUGAACGCCAGUAGGUCGGACGUUACUAGUGAUUUUGUUGCGAGUGCGGGUGAAACCACUGAACCCUUCGCCGUGCAAAUGCAUCCAGAUUCCCCUUCUACUCCCACUCCGACAAUUUCCACCUCCCACCUAAACAUGCGAUAUCGAAAUAUGCUGAAUUUUCCCAAAUACCUGCACAAAAAAAGUCGAGCUUUUGAAAAACGGAUCAGACGUUCUGGAAUCAACCCUGAUCCGGUAUACGCUUUGACAAUACUACAACGGUUCAUUCAGCCUUUCAUUAAUCGCGAGAUUGACGCUGUCAUCAGCAAGUAUUCAAAGGUUCGUUGCCUCCUCCUCCUCCUUAUACCUGAUUGGUUCAUUUUCUCAGGCGACUUCCUCGCGAUCGCGAUCGAAAACAUCCGCUAUAAUCUGGGAGAACGAGCAGUAUCUGAGAAUGAGUUGCAGCUUCUGCAGUACAAUAUAAUGAAAGACGCUACUGCUCAAUACCGCGUUCCUUCGUUCGACCCACCGCCUCCUCAGUCGAGGGCUACCCCCACCAUCACAGUAACAGGAACACCUGUCGACUUGUCUUCACUCGCUGCCACUACCACAACAGACCUCCGACGCUCCGUUCUUCGCAGCUCCACUCGUCUGCGUCAGCGCACAAACAGCGGAGGCAACUCAUACUCCGUCGGUGGUGGCGGUGGGGGCGGGGGCGGUGGCGGUAGUAGCGCAGCCCCCAGUUCACCCCCUCUCUCGGAUAAUGUCAGCUUGAUGCUGCUGCAGGACGCCGACGGAGUUGGCUCGCCUUUUCCUUUGACAUCACUAGAUGAAGAAACCGCAUCGCUUGCCAAACGACGACGACUGGAUGCUGAAAAGGCAGAUUCUUUGAGGGUUGAAUUCUUGGACAACGCCGCCUCCUUGAAUGGCUCUCCUGUACCCGCAGGCGAUGCAUCGACAGUUGUUGAUGCGCUGGGUCCCUUGGAAUUAGAGCUUCCAGAUAACACAAGCCAUGGCCAAGCCUCGUCCACCCCCUCCGAAGCCCCCAGUAGCACCACCGCGAACUCCUUCCACUCGGCCAGUCACCCUCCGCCCCAGUUCUCCAUCACCGACACCUUCGUUCUGGGCUCUUGUGCAAACGCAUGGUUAGGACUGGGAGCUGCUCGAGGAAGAAUCUACUCCAAACACCCGUGGAUCUUUCGGUACGCAUGUGAUCGUGAGGACAAGGUUUGGCUCGCCAGAGCCGGCCGCUUGCCCAACUGCGGCUCGAAGGCUUUCCUCAUGCUCGCCAAGCAGAUUCGUGGGAUAGCCGAAGUGGGGGCGCCGCCGAGUGCGACAACGCGGGAGCCUCUGGCUGACUUCACCAUUCCCUCGUGGCUGUUUCAGAAGGUCCUCGAUUCUGCUACGGCACGAGCUAGCAACUCGCGACUAUCUGGAAACGGAGGCAAUGGCGUAGCCGCCCCUGCCGUCAGCCGCCACUUCGUCAACAAUGCCGCGGCCCGCCAACCGGCCAGUCAGAGGUCUAAUUUCAUUGAUCAGUUUGAUUUCACCGAAGAGGACGAUUGCCGCACGAAUUUCUUCAAUGAAGGCGGUCAUCCAACUUGGUCUGGCGGAAAGGGCUUGCAUCCCCUGAAAAACGGCCGCACACACGCAACUCCCUCCGGCGCAGUUUACAAAUCGAGCCGUCAAAGUGAUACCAGCCUGAAAAUUGGCGACCUGUGA